UCUUUAAAUCCCCACAGGUUCAGAGAAAGACAAUACCAAAAGAUGACUUCUUUGGGAGGCCUAGUAAUCAUUGUUUCAAGCUUUCUGUGUCUGCUCCUUGUCUUAGUUCUCAUCAAGAUCCUUUACAAGCUAUGGUUGGCUCCGGCUCGCUUGCAGAAGCUGAUGGCCUUGCAGGGCAUCAAAGGCCCUCCUUAUAGACUUAUCCAUGGCAACACCAAGGACAUCUCCAACAUGAUCAAGGAAGCCGUGAGCAAGCCUAAGAGUUUGAGUUCGUCCCACGACGUACUUUCUGUAGUUCAACCUCACGUUCACUCAUGGACCAAGAUAUAUGGGAAGAACUAUCUUCAGUGGCAUGGUUCUAAGGCUCAAUUGGUCAUCACGGAGCCUGAGUUAUGCAAAGAGAUACUGAAUAACAAAGACAAAGCUUAUCCCAAAACAGUGCCCGAAAGCUUUGUGAAGAAGCUCUUAGGAGAUGGACUUGUGACAACAGAAGAAGGUGAAAAAUGGGCAAAAAUGCGAAGGCUCGCUACCCACGCCUUCCAUGGAGAGAGCUUAAAAAGUAUGAUUCCAGCAAUGGUAGCCAGUGCAGAGACAAUGCUAGAGAGGUGGAAAAAUUAUGAAGGGAAAGAGAUUGAGGUGUUUGAAGAGUUUAGGUUUUUCACUUCAGAAGUGAUUUCUAGAACAGCAUUUGGCAGCAGCUAUAUAGAAGGACAACACAUUUUUGAGAUGUUGAUGAAAUUAGGCUUCCUGUUAACCAAAAAUUCUUUCACAAUAAGGGUUCCUGGCAUCAGUAAGCUUUUCAAAACUGGCGACGAGAUCGAAUCAGAGAAACUUGAAAAAGAUGUACGUGCCUCCAUAUUAGAGAUUGUCAGGAAAAGAGAAGAGAAGGUGAUGACUGGAGGAGAAGACAGCUUUGGGAGUGAUUUUCUUGGAUUACUUGUGAAGGCUCAUCAUGAUGCCAAUGACAGCCAGAGGAUUUCAGUGGAUGAUUUAAUUGAUGAUUGCAAGACGUUUUACGUCGCUGGACAAGAAACUACUAAUUCUUUGCUUGCUUGGACUGUCUUUCUUUUGGCACACCACACGGAUUGGCAAGAGGAAACAAGAAAAGAGGUCAUACAAAUGUUUGGCAAACAGACUCCAAACCCUGAUGGCAUUGCCAAACUGAAAACAAUGAGUAUGGUGAUCAAUGAGUGUCUAAGGUUAUAUUCCCCUGUUGGUACUCUGUUAAGGAAAGCUGAAAGAGAAGUUAAACUAGGAAAGCUGAUUGUUCCUGCUAAUGUUGAGUUGGUAAUGUCAUGCCUAUCACUUCACCAUGAUCCUCUAAUCUGGGGACAAGACGCGCAACUUUUCAAACCAGAGCGAUUCGCAGAAGGGGUUGCUAAAGCGAGUAACAAUAACGCAGGCGCUUUCCUACCCUUCGGAGUAGGACCUCGAACUUGUGUGGGAUUGAACUUUGCGACCAUUGAAGCAAAGAUUGCGCUGUCGAUGGUUCUACAACGCUACUCCUUCACCCUCUCCCCGGGCUAUGUCCACUUGCCCUUUCAGCUAGUAACAAAUCGCCCCCUCCGUGGAGUUCAAGUAAUGCUACAUUCACUUUGAUAAGUAUCCAGAAACACAGACAUCAUGCAGUCAGGAAGUGAAUUGAUAAACUCGCUGUAUUAUUAGUCAAUUAUCAUUUCAACUUUUCCUAGCUAUUGUUGCCUCAUGUUUGGCAGUAUUGUUGGAUAAUACAGUAAUUUACUUAUUUUUGUUUGGUUUGGGA